AACAUCACCGAUACAUCGCGAAUACCCCGCACGGCGAAGACGAACGGUCCAUCCUCCGUGACCCAUACCGCAGUGAACGAUACCAGCGCCAUCGCCGAACUACCCUCCAUCUUCCGAGCAAGCAACCAUCACCACUUGCAUCACAUCCCAGGCACAAGAUGUCGUCCCCCUUCUCGAUAAGUACGAUAUCCCAACACCCGAUUCUCUAAACAUUGACCCCUCCUCCGCCGAAAGCCAUAACAUCAUCACCUUGCUAACCACCGCUCUUGCCCACCUCCCACAGACGGCGGCGCUGCCGUCGCCAUGGUCGGCAAAGACUGCGUAGCCAUCGCGUGCGACCUGCGCCUAGGCCUUCAGGCGCUUACCGUGUCCAACAACUUCCCCAAGAUCUUCCAGUACGGCGACGUCUUCCUUGGUUUGACGGGUCUGGCGACGGACGUGUCGACCGUGUCGGACCUGUUCCGGUACAAGGUGAACAUGUACCGACUGCGGGAGGAGCGCAACAUUGCGCCCCGGACGUUCGCCAACCUCGUGUCCAGCAGCCUGUACGAGCGCCGCUUUGGGCCCUAUUUCGUCAGCCCCGUCGUUGCUGGCUUGGAUCCCAAGACGGGCGAGCCGUUCAUCUGCGGCUUUGACAGCAUCGGGUGCAUCGACUUCGCGAAGGACUUCAUCGUGAGCGGGACGGCGACGGAGCAGUUGUUUGGCAUGUGCGAGAGCUUGUGGGAGCCGAAUCUGGAACCCGAGGACCUCUUCGAGACCAUAUCACAGGCUCUCCUUAACGCCGUCGACAGAGAUGCCUUGUCAGGCUGGGGCGCCCACGUUUACAUUAUCGAGAAGGACAAGGUUACCAAGAGGCUAUUGAAGGGACGACAGGAUUAAGCGGGACGUUCGGGCAUAAUGAUGAUGAUGAAUCUGGGCCAAGAGUAAUCAAGUCGCAUACGCGCUAAUGGAUCAUCGGUACCCUUGGGCUCUGUAGAACAAAUACAUUUGCAACAUGACAAACUUAGCGAGCAGACGAGACAGCCGUGUUUGUCAAGACUGGUUAUUCAAAGACGUCAAUUCCGUUCCCAGUUACGCAUGAUGUAAUCAGCUGGAUAUAUGAUCUAUUUUUAUAGACAAAAGGAGUUGUUUACGUCUAGAUCUAAAGCUACCAGAUCAGGUCAAGUCUAACCCCCGAACCUAGAGAUCCUUAUUCUUUUCCAAGGGCGCCGAGCUGGGGGUGCUUUGGACGAAGAACUUGCGCUCCACAGCCUUAAGAAGUUCGUCAAGAAGCCUAGACG